AUGUAUUAUUGCAACACUUGUAGCCAGCUGCUGUGUGGAGCUUGCAGGGAAACAACUCACAAGGCCAAGAUGCUCUCCAGCCACGAUAUCGUCUCCCUUGCUAAGCGCACGAUGGAGGCCCACAAAAUGUGUGGUGUGUUAAAACUCAGAUCUUCUUCAAUCUUAAAGUGUUACUUACCCCUUUAAAAACAGCUAGAUAUAUUUUAUGGAUAAACUAGCAGGUGCACAGAAAAUGUUGGUGAAAAUGUUGGUGAAAUCCAAGCUCAAAUUCUCUGUUCUCUGAGAUUCCAUUGUAAUGUCUGUAUGUCUGUCUGUCUGAUCAUGACUGUCUGUCUGCCCACAGCCCUCCACGAUGAGCUAGCUGCACAUCAUGUUCUCCACAGAGAAGUCCAUGCUGUCGAUCAACUGUUUCAGAGAUAUUACAGUCAGCUCCUAUCCCUAAUAUUUUAUCAUUUAAAUAAUUAAAUAAUCAACCAUUAAGCAAUUAAAACUGUGUGUGUGUCAUUCAGCAUGAGCAGAGCCCACUGCAUUGACAUUGAGACAGCGUAUAUGCAAAGCUGUGAAAGGCUGGACCAAGCCGUCAUAGUGAGUGCAUUCUCCUAAUUAUAACUCUAUUACCUACUUGUUCGAUAUUGCUGUAGGACAGGCAUCAUCAACUAGAUUCAGCUGUGGGACGAUUUUUCCUUGAGCGGAUGAGCCAGAACAUAAUAAAAAAUAAUUUGUAGACUGCAAAUUGACCGCAAGAAGCCUAAACAAAUAUAAUAUUUGACUAAAACAUAAUCAUUUCAAACCUUUUCCAGCAUGAUGGAGCACCUUGCCAUGAGGCAAAAGUGAUAACUAUGUGGCUUGGGGAAUAAAACAUCGAAAUUUUGGGUCCAUGGCCAGGAAACUCCCCAGACCUUAAUCUCAUUUAGAACUUGUGGUCGAUCCUCAAGAGGCGGGUGGACAAACAAAAACCCACAAAUUCUGACAAACUCCAAGCAUUGAUUAUGCAAGAAUGGGCUGCCAUCAGUCAGGAUGUGGCCCAGAAGCUAAUUGACAGCAUGCCAGGGCGGAUUGCAGAGGUCUUGAAAAAGAAGGGUCAACACUGCAAAUAUUGACUCUUUGCAUAAACUUAAUGUAAUUGUCAAUAAAAGCCUUUGACACUUAUGGAAAGCUUGUAAUUAUACUUCAGUAUAACAUAGUAACAUCUGACAAAAAUAUCUCAUAACACUGAAGCAGCGAACUUUGUGAAGACCAAUACUUGUGUCAUUCUCAACUUUUGACCACGACUGUACACUAUACAGUGUAUUCGGAAAGUAUUCAGACCCCUCGACUUUUCCACAUUUUGUUACGUUACAGCCUUAUUCUAAAAUUGAUUAAAUUGUUUUCCCCCUCAUCAAUCUACACACAAUACCCCAUAAUGACAAAGCAAAAACAGGUUUUUAGACAUUUUUGCAAAUGUAAAAAGAAAAAGAAAAACGGAAAUAUCGCAUUUACAUAAGUAUUCAGACCCUUUACUCAGUAUUUUGUUGAAGCACCUUUGGCAGCGAUUACAGCUUCGAGUCUUCUUGGGUAUGACGCUACAAGCUUGGCACACCUGUAUUUGGGGAGUUUCUCCCAUUCUUCUCUGCAGAUCCUCUCAAGCUCUGUCAGGUUGGAUGGGGAGCGUCGCUGCACAGCUAUUUUCAGGUCUCUCCAGAGCUGUUCAAUCAGGUUGAAAUCCGGGCUCUGGCUGGGCCACUCAAGGACAUUCAGAGACUUGUCCCGAAGCCACUACUGCGUUGUCUUGGCUGUGUGCUUAGGGUCGUUGUCUUGGUGGAAGGUGAACCUUCGCCCCAGUCUGAGAUCCUGAGCGCUCUGGAGCAGGAUUUCAUCAAGGAUCUCUCUGUACUUUGCUCCGUUAAUCUUUUCCUCGAUCCUGACUAGUCUCCCAGUCCCUGCCGCUGAAGAACAUCCCCACAGCAUGAUGCUGUCACCACCGUGCUUCACCGUAGGGAUGGUGCCAGGUUUCCUCCAGACGUGACACUUGGCAUUCAAUCUUGGUUUCAUCAGACCAGAGCAUCUCGUCUGAGUCCUCAAGGUGCCUUUUGGCAAACUCCAAGCGGGCUGUCAUGUGCCUUUUACUGAGGAAUGGCUUCCGUCUGGCCACUCUACCAUAAAGGCCUGAUUGGAGGAGUGCUGCAGAGAUGGUUGUCCUUCUGGGAGGUUCUCCCAUCUCCACAGAGGAACUCUGGAGCUCUGUCAGAGUGACCAUCGGGUUCUUGGUCACCUCAGUGACCAAGGCCCUUCUCCCCUGAUUGCUCGUGUGGCCGGGUGGCCAGCUCUUGGAAGAGUCUUGGUGGUACCAAACUUAUUCCACUUAAGAAUGAUGGAGGACACAGUUUUCUUGGGGACCAAUGCUGCAGACAUUUUUUGGUACCCUUCCCCAGAUCUGUGCCUCGACACAAUCUUGUCUCGGAGCUCUACGGACAAUUCCUUCAACCUCAUGGCUUGGUUUUUGCUCUGACUUGCACUGUCAACUGUGGGACCUUAUAUAGACAGGUGUGUGCCUUUCCAAAUCAUGUCCAAUCAAUUUAAUUUACCACAGGUGGACUCCAGGGUGGGGUGUUGUCCAGUGCCCUCUCAUGGUGUGACCCCUGACUCCUAGGCGGUGAAGGAGCUCCAGACAUCGGCCAGAAUCCUGCUGAAGGCCAUGAUCGAGGCAGUCUGAGAGAAUGUGGAUGAGGAGGAGAGCGCAAUCAGCACUAUUUUCAACAACGUGCAGGUGAACUGACACAGUCAUCGUCCAUUUUGAAAAACUGCUCCCCGGGAGCUGAUGACGUGGACAUUACAGACGCUCUUAUCCAGAGCAACUUACAGUUAGUGUGUGCAUACAUUUUCAUACUGGCCCCCCAUGGGAAUCGAACCCACAACCCUGGCGUCGCAAACGCCAUGCUCUACCAACUGAGCUACAGAGGGCCACAUUAGGUUAAGAGGGCCACAUGGAUUAAGGCAGCCCCCCGCACCUCUCUGAUUCAGAGGGGUUGGGUUAAAUGCGGAAAACUGUUGUGCAAUUUCCUUCUAUUUUCUCAAUCAAUCAAUGUUGUCGUUGUUUUGUUUAUGCAGUUCCAAAAAUGUGUUUAAAUUUUACCACAAGGUGUCACUCUUCAAGUCCUAUCUCCAAAAGUAGCCUAAGGUUCAAUACCUUGCACAACAUUAUAUUAGAGCAACAUUUGAUUGAAUUAUACUGGAUACAGUUGUAAUGCUCAAGUAGUGCUUUUCAUUUACAAACUUAACUGAGAGGAAAUUUACGUAAAUUAGUUUUGGUUGGGAAAGUAUUCAUAAGAGUACAGUUAAUUUCAUCUUGAGAGAUUUGCAAUGCAAUUAAAUGACCCAGAUAAUAUCGUCCUCUUUUGAAGGAAAAACUGGCAGAAAGAAAAAAGAUUAUCCUGAAAGCAGUGCAAAGGUGAACAUUUAUUUUGCUUCAUGCUACCUUGCUUGAAAAUCAUGUUUAUCAUGUAGCCCUAAUGUGUAGCCUAUGCUCAGAGAAACUGUGAAAUAUUUGACAUUUACCUGUCAUUGUUUGAAUGGGCCAUCCAAAUAGAGAUUCAUCCUCAAUGGUUGCCUCUAGCCAUUAAAAAUCACUAUAAACUCAAUUAACUCUCAAAGCAGGAAGUCUUGCCACAGACAGACGGGUGCGUCUCAAAUGCCAACAUAUUCCCUUUAUAGUGCACUACUUUUGACCAGAAGUAGCGCACUAUAUAGGAAAUAGUGUGACAUUUGGGUGCACAAGACUUCCUGUUUUGAGAGUUCAUUAGAGUGUUCAAAACCCAGAGAUAUUGAACAGCCUAAUGGCUCGUCUAAUGCCUGCCUAAUAUGUAUCCUAUUCCACAUUUAUAUAUAGAUCCUACUGGGAGAUUAAGGUAUCCAUGGCAGCAGACCAAUAUAGAUAAAAUCCAAAUGAAUAAUAAUGUGUCAGGACCAGCUACAUCAGGCUUGCCUGGCAACACUUUCAACCCAGUAGUAAAUGAGAACAGCUGUCUCAUCUGGCUGCACUCUUACCCACUCUCCAGGUAAUGUCCUGUCUAUGGUAUGCCUGUUUAUCCUGGAGUUGUGAUACAUGUUGCCUAUUUUUAGAAUGUCUUAUUCACAGUGCCCGACUGUAUUUGUAAUCCUAAUGGAUGUUCCAUCUUGAGCAGGUGUAAUAUAAUCAACUCAAGCCAAUGUUCUCCUCCACCUUGCCCUUCCCUUCUCUACGAUCAUCUGGUCACUUGUUCAGCCUUCCUAAAUUCAGCUAACAAGUUUGAGUUUCUUGAUAUGUAAGUAGAGUGUAGUAUGAUGCAUUAAGCCCAAUAUGUUUCUAUGAAUCCAGAAGGGCACAAACCAAACUGUGAGUCAUAUUUCACCCCUACCAUAAAGAAAUUGUGCAGACCUACACGCUCAAAGGGAAAAUGUAAUCAGCUUGUUACUGAUGUUCCCAAUGAGUGAAACUUCAACAUUCAAGACAGUAUGCUUAUACUUUCCAAAUAUGCUCUUGUCGUGUUCUGAAAUAGUCAGCAGAAAAUGAGGACACCCCUACUUGAUGUGCAAAAUGUUAUGUCAAUAUAUUUAUUUGUUCAUUGUUUUGUGUAACUGUCCCUCUGUCUCCUCAGCCUGUAGUCAUCCCUGUCCGUGCCCUGCCACUCCCCUGCCAUCAGUGACAUGUCCCUGGGUUCAUCCGUGGUGCGGAAGCCCACCGCAAUAUCAUCACCAAGGUCCUCCUGGUAGAGAGUGGGGAGACUCCCGUUUACCGAGCACUGUCGCAACUAUGAGAACAGCUGCAGGGUGAGUGAGCUUCGACAACACUUUACUGUACAACUCUGAUACGCAUUGUUACGACAUUACUGAGGGCUUUCACAGCCAAUCACAGUGUUUUUGUAUGUGUAUUUGAAAUACGUGUCAUGAAAAGACCUUCCUGUGUUUUCCUUACUGUGUCCAGACGCUGCAGACAUCCAUUCAGCAGCUGAAGGACUAGGUGCAGGAGACCCACAGGGAUCUGACCAAGCACCCCUCCCUCAUCAAGACAGACACCAUGGGAGACAUCCUGGAUACCUCCGUGCAGAUGGACAGACAUAUCUCCUGCAGUGGAACUCAUGA